UGUUGCCGCUGCGGCAGCGGAGCUGAAAUCGCUGAGCGCGAUGCCUGAGGGCGCUGUGAGCAUUGCGGGCCCCGGGCCCCAGGGCUGGCCAGAGAGAGGGAAUACUGGAAGACCCUGUGGAGUGGAAGGGCAUUGCUGCUGUUGAGACAGAUCCCAAGAUUGGGCCAGGAACUGUCCAGGGACUCCUCAUCAUGAUGGCUGUGGAAGGGUCAACCAUUACCAGCCGGCUCAAGAACCUGCUGAGAUCCCCAUCCAUCAAAUUGCGCAGGAGUAAGGCAGGAAACCGGCGAGAGGACCUCAGCUCCAAGGUGACCUUGGAGAAGGUACUUGGAAUAACAGUGUCUGGGGGCAGAGGACUUGCCUGUGACCCCCGAUCUGGUUUAGUUGCCUACCCAGCUGGGUGUGUGGUCGUGCUGUUCAACCCCCGGAAACACAAACAGCACCACAUCCUCAACAGUUCCAGGAAAACCAUCACUGCCCUUGCUUUCUCCCCUGAUGGCAAGUACUUGGUCACCGGAGAGAGUGGGCACAUGCCAGCAGUGCGAGUUUGGGACGUGGCUGAGCGUAGCCAGGUGGCAGAGCUGCAGGAGCAUAAGUAUGGUGUGGCUUGCGUGGCCUUCUCCCCUAGUGCCAAGUACAUUGUCUCCGUGGGCUACCAGCAUGACAUGAUCGUCAACGUCUGGGCCUGGAAGAAAAACAUUGUGGUGGCCUCCAAUAAGGUGUCCAGUCGGGUGACAGCGGUGUCCUUCUCUGAAGAUUGCAGCUACUUUGUCACUGCAGGGAACCGACACAUCAAAUUCUGGUACCUUGAUGACAGUAAGACCUCAAAGGUGAAUGCCACUGUGCCCCUGCUGGGCCGCUCAGGGCUGCUGGGGGAGCUACGGAACAACCUGUUCACUGAUGUGGCCUGUGGCCGAGGGAAGAAGGCAGACAGUACGUUCUGCAUCACAUCCUCAGGGCUGCUGUGCGAGUUCAGUGACCGGAGGCUUUUGGAUAAGUGGGUGGAGCUGAGAACCACCGUGGCGCACUGCAUCUCUGUGAGCCAAGACUACAUCUUCUGUGGCUGUGCUGAUGGCACCGUGCGCCUCUUCAACCCCUCUAACCUGCACUUUCUCAGCACCCUGCCCCGGCCCCAUGCCUUGGGGACAGACAUUGCCAGUGUCACUGAGGCCAGUCGCCUCUUCUCUGGAGUGGCCAAUGCCAGGUAUCCAGACACCAUUGCCUUGACCUUUGAUCCCACCAAUCAGUGGCUGUCUUGUGUAUACAACGACCACAGCAUUUAUGUUUGGGAUGUGAGGGACCCCAAGAAAGUGGGCAAAGUGUACUCGGCUCUAUAUCAUUCCUCCUGCGUCUGGAGUGUGGAGGUCUACCCAGAAGUAAAGGACAGUAACCAAGCCUGCCUCCCUCCCAGUUCCUUCAUUACCUGUUCCUCAGACAACACCAUCCGCCUGUGGAACACAGAGAGCUCCGGAGUACAUGGCUCCACCUUGCACCGAAAUAUUCUCAGCAAUGACCUCAUUAAGAUCAUCUAUGUAGAUGGGAACACUCAGGCCUUGCUGGACACUGAGCUGCCUGGAGGAGACAAAGCUGAUGGGUCCCUGAUGGAUCCCCGUGUGGGCAUCCGUUCUGUGUGUAUCAGCCCCAAUGGACAGCAUCUAGCUUCGGGGGACCGUAUGGGCACACUCAGGGUGCAUGAACUACAGUCCCUAAGUGAGAUGCUAAAGGUGGAGGCCCAUGACUCGGAAAUUCUGUGCCUGGAGUACUCUAAGCCAGACACAGGUCUGAAGCUGCUAGCGUCAGCGAGCCGGGACAGGCUGAUCCAUGUGCUGGAUGCUGGACGGGAGUAUAGCCUACAGCAGACAUUGGACGAGCACUCGUCCUCCAUCACUGCUGUCAAGUUUGCAGCCAGCGAUGGGCAAGUCCGCAUGAUCAGCUGUGGAGCAGACAAGAGCAUCUAUUUCCGCACUGCACAGAAGUCUGGAGAUGGAGUCCAGUUUACACGAACACACCACGUGGUACGGAAGACGACCCUCUAUGACAUGGAUGUGGAACCCAGCUGGAAGUACACAGCUAUUGGCUGCCAGGACCGAAAUAUUCGGAUCUUUAACAUCAGCAGUGGGAAGCAGAAGAAGCUGUUUAAAGGGUCCCAGGGUGAGGAUGGCACUCUGAUUAAGGUGCAGACAGACCCCUCGGGGAUCUACAUUGCCACCAGCUGUUCUGACAAGAACCUCUCCAUUUUUGACUUCUCCUCAGGCGAGUGCGUGGCCACCAUGUUUGGCCACUCAGAGAUUGUCACUGGCAUGAAAUUUAGUAAUGACUGCAAACAUCUCAUCUCUGUUUCGGGGGACAGCUGCAUCUUUGUGUGGCGCCUGAGCUCUGAGAUGACCAUCAGUAUGAGGCAGCGUCUGGCUGAGCUGCGCCAGCGGCAACGAGGGGUCAAACAGCAAGGACCGUCCUCUCCCCAAAGGGCAGCUGGACCCAAUCGGCAUGAGGCCCCAUCAGUGCUCUCUUCUGGACCAGCUCUCUCUUCAGAUAGUGACAAGGAGGGAGAAGAUGAGGGCACUGAAGAAGAAGAACUUCCAGCUCUGCCCAUCCUUGCCAAGGGCACCAAGAAAGAACCAGCCUUGGUGCCCAGCCCAGCCCUGCCCCGAAGCCUGUCCCACUGGGAGAUGAGUCGUGCACAAGAGACAGGGGAGUUCCUGGAUCCAGCUCCUACAGCCAACCAAGGACCCAGAAGAAGGGGGCGCUGGGCUCAGUCAGGUGUGGAGCUGAGUGUUCGCUCCAUGCUGGACCUGCGGCAGCUGGAGACACUGGCUCCAAACCCUAGAGGCUCUAGCAGGGACUCUCUGGCCGUGGCCCCACCUGGUUCUGGGAAGCAUGAUCAGCAGACCCCUGGGACCUUACAUGCUGUCCAGAAUGAAGAGUCCCCUCAGCCUCAGGCUUCUCAACCCUGUUCCUGCCCCCACAUUAUCCGGUUGUUGUCCCAAGAGGAAGGGGUCUUUCCCCAAGAUCUGGAGCCUACACCCAUCGAAGAUGGUAUUGUCUACCCAGAGCCGAGUGACAGCCCCACCUUGGAUACCAGUGAGUUCCAGGUGCAGGCACCAGCUCGAGGGACCCUGGGAAGAGUGUACCCAGGCAGCAGGGGCUCAGAGAAGCACAGCCCUGACAGUGCCUGCUCUGUGGAUUAUAGCAGCAGCCGCCUUUCCAGCCCUGAGCACCCCAAUGAAGACUCUGAGAGCACGGAGCCCCUGAGUGUGGAUGGCAUUUCCUCAGACCUUGAAGAGCCAGCUGAGGGUGAUGAGGAAGAAGAGGAAGACGAGGGAGGCACUGGCCCCUACGAGCUGCAGGAAGGCGGCCCCCAUACCCCGGACCAGGAGCAGUUUCUAAAACAGCACUUUGAAACUCUAGCCAAUGGGGCUGCUCCAGGGGGCCCAGUCCGGGUACCAGAGAGGACAGAGUCUCAGAGCAUCUCUUCACGAUUCCUUUUGCAAGUGUUGACGCCCCCACUCAGGGAACCGUCCCCAUCUUCUUCAAGCCUGGCACUGAUGUUGAAGCCAGUCCAGGUGCCGCACGCUUCUGGUGAGCAGCUGAGAGGCAAUGGUGCUAAUCCUCCAGGAGCACCCCCAGAGGUGGAGCCCUCCCCUGGAAACCCUGGCCCCCAGCAGGCAGCCCCUGUGCUGUUGCCACGACGCCGUGUCAAUGCGGACAGCAGCUGGAUCUCCAAGAGAGUGGCCACAGCCAGCCCCUUAGGUGGACUCCAGAAAGCCCAGUCCGUGCAGAGUCUGGCGCCACAGGGUGGGGCUCUUCUACCAGGCCCAUUACUCUUACGAGAGAUGGAAGCCCAGGAGGGCCUACGUUCCCUACCCCAGGCUGAUGACCAUCUGUCUCGGCCCCACUCCUACCAGAACCCCACCGCCAGUUCCAUGGCCAAGAUAUCCCGCAGCAUCUCUGUUGGGGAGAACCUGGGCCUGGCGGCCGAACCUCAGGCUCCUGCCCCCAUCCGAGUCUCGCCACUCAGGCAGCUGGCCCUGCCCAGCCGGGCUCACCUGGUCCUGGACAUUCCAAAGCCACUGCCUGAUCGUCCUACCCUGGCCACAUUCUCACCUGUUACCAAGGGCCGGGUCCCUGGUGAGGCAGAACAGCCUGGCUCCCCAGUGGGCCUAGGAAAGGCUCACAGUACAUCUGAGAGGCGGAGCUGUUUAGGGGAGGGUACCCCUCCCAGGCCUAGGACAGAGUGCCAGGUUCAGCCUGGGCCCAUCAGCCCUUGUGCCCAGCACUUGCCGGUCGGCAGCCUCCUCCAAGACCCCGAGAAUUUGCAGCCCCCACCCCCUGAGAAGACUCCCAGCCCUAUGGAGUGCACCAGGCCAGGGGCAGCCCUAAGCCAGGCCUCAGAACCAGUGGUAAGCCUGGAGCAGUGUGAACAGCUUGUGGCAGAACUCCAGGGCAGUGUGCGCCAGGCUGUGCAGCUUUACCACUUGGUAGCUAGCUGCAAGACACCAUCAGUGGAGCAAAGUCGCAUCACCCAGCUCCUCAGAAACACCUUCUCUUCAGUACGGCAGGAGCUAGAGGCCCUGGCUGGGACAGUGCUGUCCAGCCCAGCCGGAAGCCCUGGGGCCGUGGGAGCUGAGCAAACACAGGCCCUGCUAGAGCAAUACUCAGAGCUGCUGCUUCGAGCUGUGGAGCGUCGCAUGGAACGCAGACUCUGAAUUCCAGAAGCCUGCCCCAAGUGAAUGCUCCCUUAUUCCAUACUAGCCCCUCCUCCACUCACUAUAACCUGUGGGGAUGCUUGGAGUGGAUAGCAAUGAUCAAUGCUCAGAGGGGAAGCAGCUCUCCCAGCUGCUCCUCAUGGGGCCCCUGUAUUUAUUAAUUUAUUUCCCUGACUGUUGCCUCACUUUCUUGGAACUCCUGCCUCCACAGCCCCUCCAGUAGCUCAUGCAGGGGUUAGGUCUUGGGUCUUUGUCAUCUUGGUGCUGUGAGGAGUAGGAGGGCGGCCUGCCCCAUCUGGGGGAGAUCAGGAAGGGCUGGCCCUCUCUCUUCUUAGAAGCCAUUUGAAAUUACUGCAGGGAUCAGCUCCCUGGGGUGGAGCACAUACACAGGGUAUUCAGUAGGUAGAGGUGAGCGGUAAUGUGGUAUUCAGUGCCCUUCAGCCAACAGCGGAGUCUCUCCUCUACCUCUACUUCCCCUCCCACACCAGCUGCACUCCCCUGGCUGCCAGAGCAGGGAUUAUCCAUUUUCUCCAAUUCCUGGCAUUUCAGAAAGGCAGAGCCCUAUGGCCCUUCAGGGCAUUCCCAGCCAUCAGGAGGCUUGAGUUUGUAUCAAAGCCUAAGCCCCCACAUUCCACUCCUAUUCCCCCUCUAAGAGGGCCCUAGCAGUGUCUUUUUCCCUGUGCCCCCUUUUUGUCUUGGCCAGAACUUGAGGAGCCAGCUGUGGGAUGUUGCUGCAGGACAGUAAAGCCCUCUGCUAGGCAGACAUGAAGCCCUGGCCUCCUUCCUCUGCCCCUUGGCCUUCCCUAUCCUCCAGCCCGGGUCCCCAGCAGGGUGCUGGAGCCCAGAGGCUGCCUCCCUGCAUCCUGAGUGAUGCUCAGUCAGAAGCCUAUGUUGGAAUUUUCCUCAUGGUUUAGAAGGCACCAGCCCACCUUCUAAAGACCUUGGCCACAGAUGAAAAAUCACACACACACACACACACACAUACACACACACACCCCAGUUGCGUGUUCAUUGCUAGAGUACUUGGCUGACUGAUGUGUGCCUGGUUUCCUUUUAUGUCCUGCCCCAGCUUCACCACCCUGGCUCAUGUGGAAUGCCUGUCAAGAAGCAUGAAGAGGGGUGGAACACACUAAACCCAAAUUCUGGAUUCUUGGCGUCCACAGUCUAGGUGCUAUGAGAUGGCCCAUAGGAUAUCUGGUUUGUGUAGAAGGAGCCUCCUCAAAGGCAGUUCUGGGUACCCAUUGUGCUCUGGAUAUUGGAGGUUGAGGGAAGGGAGGCACAUGGGACUGCUGCAAGGGCCAAGAGACACAUUGGAAAGGUGGUAGGAGGGACAGGUAAGUGGUAGAGGUGAGGGAAUAGAUUAGAAGGGCAGUUCAGGGUGAGGGGAAGGAGAUAGGGCAGGGAGAGUUGGACCAAGUAGUGAAGCAGUUACUGAAGUGUUGGGGUGAAGAACGUGUCUCUGGGCCCUGCUGCUUCCCUCUGCCUCAGUUAAGGCAGGGCAGCUUUAGUGUAUAUAUAGCUCCAAGCCACAAAAGCCCAUUCUCCCGUGGACAGGCCUUUGUGCCCUACUGGCUCUAUAGGCAGAGGCUUAGAAAGAAAUUGGAUUCUGAAGGACGCCCAGCUCUGUUUGGGUCAGCCUGAGUGCACCUGAACAGAUGAAGCCUAUUUCACCCCUACUGUUCUUUGCUACCCUUAUCUGUAUGGCCAAUCUACAGAGAAACCCUGGGCCCAAGCACUCUUCACAGAGGGUGGACCCCCUGGUAGCUGCAGCUACCCUAGUCAGGGUUAGAAAUACACUUCCACCUGUACCCCUAGUCCCAACUCGCACACCAGCCACAGCCCACGCCGACUGGGGCUCUCGCCGGGCCCUCUGGGCUGGGUUCUUAGUAAUCCUUAGCCGGUCUGUCCCUAACAAAGAGGGAGCAAUACUCCAGCUAAUGUUUGUGAGAAGGUGGCUGCCCUUCUCCUACCCUUAGCCCAGCUUUGGGAUGGGUGGGAAUCUUGUGGCCGGUCUGGCGCCCGUUCCCUUCUGCAUGUCUGAGGCCACCGGCAAUUGCCGUCCCUGUCCAGAUUUGCCCUGACCAAGUUUUGAAAGACCCUUAUUUAUAACUUUUAUACUUUGCCCAGGCCCUGGCGCUUUCCUUCUCCCCAGGUUUCACGGGGCAGGGGCUGUUUUUAACAUGUCCAUUUGUAUUGAUGUAUGAACUGGUGAAUAAACAAUCAUUUGUUAAGUCUG